AUGGCAGAUACAGCACCUCAAGUCUCUUUCAAGAAGCGUUCGGUCAAGAAGACCAAUUUCCGCAAGAAGCCAGAAUCGCCGCCGCCUGAUGCGGACUCUGACUCCAGUUUCACCUCCUCCGAUGACGAAGAAGGCCAUAGGAUCAAGAGACGGCGCAAGAAUGCAGCAGUGUCUGCGUCUUCAACAUCAAAUACGCGACGCACAACAACCUCCGAUGAACCAGCUACGGCUGGCGCUGCCGUUCCUUUAACGGCCUCCAAUGACGCCACCAAACAUUCUAACUGGUACGAUGACGAGUUGAACGAGAAGAACCUCUUAGGUACCACACGAGCUCGGCCAGCGGCUACAGGGGCAGAUGCGCCCGACGGUACAUACAAGGGCGCGGCGAACUACCAAUCGUUUAUUCAGAAAAAUCCCAACGCUCCUGCUAAGACGUUCGGUCCGAUUAAAGCGCCCACCAAUGUGCGAACAGUAACAUUCAUGGAUUAUGCGCCCGAUGUUUGCAAGGACUAUAAACUCACCGGAUACUGCGGUUUUGGAGAUUCUUGCAAGUUCAGUCAUAUGCGUGAAGAUUACAAACAAGGCUGGGAGUUGGAUCGGGACUGGGAAGUCAGCACAAAGGGCAAGAAUCUGGGCGGUAAAGUGGUAUCCCAGAGAGGGGGUCAAGCUGGCGAGGAUGAAGACGAUGAAGAGGAACAACUCGAGAACAUUCCUUUUGCCUGCAUCAUCUGCAAGAAACCGUACCAGAAUCCCAUUGUCACCAAAUGCGGACACUAUUUCUGCGAGUCCUGUGCUCUGCAGCGGUAUCGCAAGAACCCGUCGUGUGCCGCCUGCGGAGCCGGGACCGGUGGAGUUUUCAACGUUGCGAAGAAGCUUAACGGCCUUCUUGAGAAGAAAAGGGAGCGUGCACGACAACGCCGGGAGCAGGCCAUUGCAAAUGGCGAGGAAGUCAGCAGCGAAGAAGACGAAGACGAAGACGAAGAGCAAAACAGCUCUUGA